AUGCCCGUACCGUUUCUUGGACGGCUACAUCCAUACGAGUAUCUUGCCCUCGUUGGAUCGUUCGUUUUUGUAGGCCUUGAAGCGGUUAUUCGGAUUCUUACUCUGGCUCUACCCUCGUUUGUUGUCUCAUUUUUCUACCUCAUUUCGCGGCGACUAUUUAACAGAUUUACGACUGAAGAGCACAAAAAGGCGGAGAGCAGAAAAAAGACAAUAUCCACUUCCGUCCGCGAUGCGUCCGAUUUUGUCGAGCUCUGCCGUCUGUGGGGAUACGAGGCCGAGGAGCAUAUAGUCCAGACGAAAGAUGGCUAUCUGCUGGGCAUCCACAGAUUACAAUGGCGUCGGGGAGAGGAGGGACAAAAGGUCAAUUGCGGGCCUGGGAGUGUAAAGAAGCGGGUUGUCUACUUGCACCACGGGCUGCUCAUGAAUUCGGAAGUUUGGGUGUGCUUGACGGACGAACGGAGAUGCUUGCCGUUUGAGCUGGUUGAGCGCGGAUUUGAUGUUUGGUUUGGAAACAAUCGUGGAAACAAGUACUCGAAAAAGUCAAUUCACGCGUCGCCCACCACGGUUCAGUUUUGGGACUUUUCGAUGGAUGAAUUUGCAUUCCAUGACAUCCCCGAUACAAUUUCCUACAUCUUGGAAACCACAGAACAAAAGAGCCUCUCGUAUAUUGGCUUUUCGCAAGGCACUGCUCAGGCAUUUGCAACCUUGGCUAUUCACCCGCUGCUUAAUCACAAGGUCAACGUGUUUAUUGCGCUAGCACCAGCCAUGGCACCCGCUGGUUUGUCCAAUGGCAUAGUAGAUUCGCUAGUCAAAGCUUCGCCAUCGGUACUUUACCUCAUGUUUGGCAGACGGUCCAUCCUGAGCUCUGCCACCAUGUGGGAGACGCUACUGUAUCCGCCUCUUUUCUGCCAUCUCAUCGACAGAGGAUUGGGAUUCUUAUUCAACUGGAAGACGAAGAACAUCUCAGCCAGUCAGAAGCUAGCAGCCUACCCGCAUCUCUACUCCUUCACCAGCACGAAGAGCGUAGUCCACUGGUUUCAGGUUAUCCGCAACAAAUGCUUCCAGAUGUACGACGAUGAUGUUCAUCAGCCAAUGAAUGUUGCUACGUCGAGAAAGUACUCCAAGGUGGCCAAGUAUCCGACUCGAAAUAUUCGUACACCUGUCGUCUUGGUCUAUGGUGGCAGCGAUUCUCUCGUGGACAUCAAGAUCAUGCUACGAGAGCUUCCUCCGCAGACGGUGGCGACCGAAAUUCCACAUUACGAGCAUCUCGACUUCUUGUGGGCUAGAGAUGUCGAUUCUCAAGUCUUUCAGCAUGUAUUCGAUGCUCUGGACAGUUUUACGGAUGCAGAGCACACUGUGGAGGAAUAUGAUCGGUACUACAUGGUAAGGAAUGAAAGUUUGAUGGGGUCUGCAUACUCUUUUUUGCAUCGAGGAAGCGAGAGCGAAGCAUCGACUACUGCUGCUGGCAGCGAGGGACCAUCCACGCAACCGCCGCAGCAUGUCGCGCGAGAAGACACAGAAGUGACUGAAAAUACAUCCAAGAACCGGCUCAUUGGUCGCGUUGAUGGUAUAAAUGACACGACGGAGAAGCUAAAGGGCGUGGGAGUCCGAAGAGGCGGCGCCAAAGGCCUAAACGAGAAGCCGGAUGUUGGCCCGCUGGACAGAACAGGUUGA